UCUGAGCAAGCGAUUCGCAGCGUUGACAAACUUACUGGAAACAAUCAGCUGGGAUUUGUACUUUUUGUGCCUUUUUUUGUUUACUAUAUGUCAUGCGCCAUCGGAAAGUCCGAAAAAAACAUCAAAUCGGCCGUUUUUUCGAUGGCCUUCAAAGUACAAAAGUCGCAGUGAAAGACGUAUCAAAAAUCAUAACUCAAAAAUGUCUGAAAAAAUUAAGGAGUUUUAUUCCAACGAUAUAGUUUACAGGUUUGAUAAACAUAAAAAAAUAAUAUUUGGAGUGGUCAUGGAUAGCUAUGAAGCAUCUUCCGAUGAUAUAGAUGAGCACCAAGCUCUCCAAAAGGGUCAAAUUAGAGUCUUGUGGAGCAAUAGCUCUAGAGAACAAAUCUGGAGGCAAAGUAAGGUUCGCUUAAUAAACAGAAGUAUAAUACCUGGGGAUAUUGUUAGGCGUUUAGAAAAAGGAAAGGAAACUCAAAGAGGUUAUUGCAAAGAAACAAAGCAAAUUGCUACAGUGCAAAUAGUUGGUACUGAUAAGGUCAUUGAACAUGUAUGUAGUGAUAGAUUACAGAGUGUACGACCAUUUGAUGUUGAUGACGCUGUGUGUUUUGGCAGCAAAUUCGGAAGAAUUGAGAGCAUUGAUCAAAUGAUUUUGAUGCAGUCAAAAGAUGGUUCAGUGGUGGAGCUUUUGACCAGCAUAAACAAUGAUCUGGAUGAUUACUGGCUAUCAAAACGGAAUCGAAUAUCAUUUGACACUUUUUAUCCAGGCCAGGAGAUUGUAUGCAUUCCAAGCAAUUUUGAGCAACCCAACUGGAUCAAGAAAACAAAAGUUAUGAAAAGAAAUAUACAGCAACGCCAAAGGUUCACAAUCCAACAAGUGAAUGAUGUACUUAUUGAAGUGUCCUUGUAUAAUAAUAAUGGAUAUUCCCAUGGUAUUGAAUUGCCUCGGGAAGAUGCAGAAAAAUUGAAUGUUUUGGAGCAUCCAAGUGACACUUGUCUGGAGUUAACUGAAAGAAGAUUACUUAAGCUAGGUUCACAAGAUGCAUUAUAUAAAAGAAAGGACUGGAUAAGGAAACUGUCACUAAUGUAUCGUCCAGAUGUUCCCAAAGUUAGACACAUUGUCAAUUGUAUUUCUAAAAUUAUGUCUCGGGUGCCUAAAAUUCGCAGCUCGUCGCUGCUUUAUCCUUCAGUUGGGUCUUCGCCGGUUAUACAAACCGAUGCAGUAUAUCCUUUAAUCAAUGACAAUAUAAGUACGGAAGAGCCAGAAGAAGACUGGUGGACAGAAGAAGGAGAAGAAUCUGAUGGAGAGACCAAUGGUAGUGGCUCAUCAUCUCGGGAUUUAUCUGCAACUGGCAGGGGUAUUCCUCGCAAGAAACAUUAUCCACCCAGACCCAAUGAAUUGGUAUCUGGUCACACUUUGCCUGUUGAAGUUAUUUGUGUGGAAUCUAAAAUUACUGUGGUCUGGCAAGACGGAACAGAAGAAAAAGACAUUCCCUCCACUCAGUUGUAUUACUCAAUAUCCUUGGAUGAUCACGAGUUUUUCCCUGGCGAGUGGAUAAUCAGAGAUGGCAAGGAGGACAGCAGUCGAUAUGGCGUAAUUCAGAACGUCAACUAUAGUGAGAGAACCGCUGCAGUUAAGUGGUUCACAUAUUCUGAAGGUGAUGCAAAGCCUGAAGUCGCUGGCUUGGAAGAAAUCAGCGUGUAUGAUCUAAAAAAGCACAACAAAUUUAUUUUUAGGCCAGGCAGCAUUGUUAAGGCAAAACCUACUCAAGAGGGCAAAAUGGGCAAGGUUAUAGAUAGUUGCAUUGAGGGAUAUGUGAUGGUUCAGUGGGUGGGAAACAAACAAGAAAACUGUUGGCCGCAAGAAAUUGAACUCAUUCCCGACUUUGAGUAUUCCGAUGCAUCAUCCGACGACGAUAAAGAAUCGUGGGAAACAGAAAGUAUAGAGUCAUAUGCGGGCGGAGAUCUAACAGACGAAACCGUUUUGCAAAACAUGGCGGCGAGAUUAGAUUUCGUGCGUUCUCGUAUAGUAUACAUUAAGGAAGCGUACAAGCAACACACCAUCCGAGAGAAUUUUGCUAACUUGAGGGAUCUGUUGUCUGUCUAUGAAAAUGCCAGCUAUCUUGACAAAUUGCUGGGUACAUCGUUUUUUAGCUUAAAAAGCAAACACUUUCAGGCUUUACUAAUGCAAGUAAAAGAAAAGGCCAAAACCCUGAACAUUGAACUCAGAGGGCGCUUAUUUACGAACGACGGCGGACUGUCCAUGACCAAGGUCAAAGUGGCGGAGUCCGAUAAUAUUAAGCGAAUGAUUAAGUUAGAGAAUAAAAUCAACGCGGAGAUCGAGAAAAAGGACGGAACUUCGUUGCCCGCGAUCCCCCUGACGCCAGGCAAUGAUGUUGGUAUUAUUUCUUAUGAAAAUCUGUGCGUCGAACUGCUCUCUACUUUGAAGAUCCGUAUGGAUCUGGCCUAUGCAGAAAUUAUUAGUCGAAUUGGCGGUAACCAAGCGCUUAGCGUUUUAACCAAGGCUACCGAAAAUACCACGACUCCCGCCAGUUCCACCCCCAUGCCGAGUUGUCCGACUACGCCGGAGGACUCAUUUUCAAUCCUUAGCCCUUUGAAACCGAAAAAGGCGCUCAAAGAGCAACCUCUCGACGCUAAUCCACCGGGCGGAGAGACAGAGUGGUACAAUGUGAUCGAAGACGCGCCAAUUACGCACCACUACUUCACCAGCAAAUUCGAACCAAACGAUUUGCAAAAAUUUUUGAAAGCCGUUAUGAAAGAGUACAAACUUUUGAAGGAAUCUCUGCCGCCUGGGGUCUGGGUUCGAUCGUUCAGCAAUCGUAUCGAUUUGCUUAGCGUAAUGGUCCAGGGUCCGGCGAAAACUCCAUAUGAAGACGGUCUGUUUCUGUUCGAUAUUCAACUGAGCGCGGACUAUCCCCGUUCUCCCCCGCUGGUGCACUAUAUUAGCUACAGUUCCGAGAGACUUAAUCCUAAUCUCUAUGUCGAAGGUAAAGUGUGUGUUUCGUUAUUGGGAACCUGGAUGGGGAAAGGAACAGAAGUGUGGGGCCCCAAUAGUACACUGCUUCAGCUCAUAGUUUCCAUUCAAGGCCUAAUUCUAGUCGCUGAACCAUAUUAUAAUGAGGCAGGGUAUGAAAAGCAAACAGAUACUCAACAGGGAUACGAAAACUCGAGGACAUACAACGAGUUAGUCAUACUAAAACUAGUUCAAAGUAUGACGGAAUUAUUGUCUAAUCCCCCAGAAUUGUUCAAGAAAGAGAUUCUAAAUCACUUUGCUCAAAAUGGAGAAAAGCUGUGCCAAAGGCUAGAAAGGUUUUGUAGGGAUAAGGACCCGCUGAAACCGGAUUUUCCCCUGCUGCCGGUAAGCAAAGGACUUAGGUUAUCCCUUUCUUCAUCUUUGAGCACUUUCCGUGACACGCUCAGUAAGAAGGCUAGAGGUGCUGUUAUUUAGUAGUCCAUUCCAAUUUUUUAAAUAAAUAUAGUAUUAAUUUAUUUAUGUUACUUUUUUUAUUAUGUAUUAGCAUUAAUAUUUCUCAAAUUUUUUUUCGUUUUUGUUUACACUCUCUUAAGCUAUUUAUUGGAAUUUUGAUUGGUAAAUCUCAAUGCGUUUGGUUAGAGGAACAAUCACUGGGAAACCAUUUUUAGUUGAAACAUUUAAUUGCUGCCUGUGUAUUGAUCUUAAUUUAUACCUAUCACAAAUGCUCACGACUCCAGCUGCAGUCAAGGUGUUUUUGUUUAUCGAUUUAACUUUUAACGAAAAAAUGGUUUUCCCCUGGCAGUGUUCAGAUGUGCACAAAAAUUUAGGUCUUUAUUUUGAGGAUUUAAACUGUUUAACCGAAAUAUUUGGUUCUUCCAAAAUAAAAGCUUGUUCAGUAGGAUAAGAUUUUUCUAGUGUUUCUC